GGAGCCACGGCUGAGGGCAACGGCGUGGCUGAGGCCAAUGGGAACAGCGGCCAGCCGCCGGCGCCGCCACGCAAGUGGUAUCACAUCAACAAACAGUUUAUGCCCAUCAAACUCAUCUACUUCUGCUGCCAUGCCGCCGGGAUCUCGAUCCUGCCGCUGCUGACGCUGCACAUGACGUCCAUCGGGCUGACGUUCGCUGACGUCGCCCAGGUCUACCUCUUCAUGCCCGUGGCCAGCUUCCUGGGACCUCCCGUCAUCGGCUUUCUAGCGGAUCGCACGGGCCGAAUUCGCGACCUGUACAUCGGCUGUCUGGUGAUGCACUGUGUGUUCCACCACGCGUUGCUGUUCGUUCCACCGAGUCCACACACCACACCCGAGGCCCUGGCCGCCUCUGCCAACGGCACCGCGCUGUCCUGCACCGACUGGCCGCCGCCCAGCUGUGCCAACCUCACCCGCAGUCUCCACUGUCACCUGGAGUGUCCGCCCGACUCCGAAGGGGAGCUGCUCGCCUGCCCGGCCGGCGACAGCUGCCUGUCGGUCGGCGCAGCUGCCGAGCUGGUGCUGCAGCUGGGUGCUGACGGCUGCCAGCUGCCGGCACUGCUGACCGACAACGUCACGGAGCUGGAGCUGGCGCACGCGGAGCUCAGCUGCCCGGACGGGUGUCGGCUCGAGUGCGCGCCCGGCGAUGAACUGCCCAUCUCGGACCGGACCACCUACUGGACCUACUUCUUCCUGCGGCUGGCGGCCACGUUCUUCCUGGCACCGGCCUUCACGCUGCUCGACGCCACGUGUUUAGCGGUGGUGAAGGAGUUCCGCUCGCCCGGACAGAACUUUGGACGCCAGAGAGUCGGAGGUAUCAUUGCCAGCGUGAUCAUGCCUCCGCUGGUCGGCGCCAUUAUCGAUGCCGUCAGCACCCCCGGCGCGACCGACUACAGCCCGGCGUUUUACGCGAUGGAGAUCUGCAUGGUCCUCACCAUAGUGACCAUCUUCGUGUUCCACCUACACGUCUCCUUGCCGGAGAAGGCACACAUCGGGCAACUGUUCAAGGUUUUACGGCGUCCAGAAGCUCUCGUCUUUAUUCUUGUGGUGGCCAUCUUGGGUUCAAUGUGGGGAUUCCUGGAGAGUUUCUUAUUCGUCUUCCUGAAGAAACUUAAAGCUCCUACCUACAUGCUCGGGCUGACGAUGACGGUGGCCGGGCUGGCCUCGAUCCCGGCCAACUGGUGGUCUGAUGCCAUCUGUAGCCGGAUCGGACACAUCAACAUUCUCAUCAUCUCCUUCUUCGGCUACCUGGCGCGCUACGUCGGCUACUCGUACAUCCGCAACCCGUGGCUGGCCUUCCCGUUCGAGCUGCUAGAGGUGGCCACUACCCAUCUGAUGUGGAACAGUGCUGCUACCUACGCAGGCCAGCUGGCGCCACCAGGGCUGCUGGCCACGCUGACGGGCUUCGCUGGAGCCCUUCACUACAGCUUCGGCCGCGGUAUUGGCAGCUUCCUGGGCGGCUACCUGAUGGCGCUGUUCGGCCCCGUGAUCGCCAUGCGCUCCAUGGGCGUGGCCAGCGGCGUGUGCGGCGUCCUCUACGCCGUGGCCUUCUACGGCUGUCUGCGCGGGCACAUGACCCGCCGCGAGCUGCGACAGCGACAGAAAGCACUGGCUCGACAACAGUCGGAGAAGUUCGGAGAGGGCCCCCACGAGAUGGCCGCGAUGCUGGAAGAAGUUGGCAUGGCAGCUAAAUGAGGUCAGCGCGGGUUCGCCGGCGAUGGAGACUGGCUGGCCAUCUAACCAGACUGGCUGGCCUGUGCCGUGUGCGUCAUUUGAAAGUGCGUUAUUUUCAGUUGGCUGUCCAGCGUACAGCUCGAGGCUAUAUAACCUUUCAGCCCAUGCAUGAAUGCAAUUGCGUGCUGCCCGGUGCAUUGUUGUAGCAUAGUUCAACAUUUCAAUGUAUCAAUGUGGCGCUGCUGGUGAGAUUGCACACUUACAAGCUAGCACGCAAUGUGAGGUAUUACGAAUGCGUAACGAUGUUUGGUAACUAAGAAUGGGCGCUGCUGAUGACGGGACGGCGCGGCCGUCUACAGCCCAAGUUACUCUCUGGCAUCUAACGUACGCACUAGGAAAGGCCCUGAGUGAGGCAGCGCCGCUCGUAGCUCAAUCACGAAUGCACCGGGUAGCUGUCGGAUAGGAUUCCCAGUUUUCACUAACAUAAUAAACAUAUAGAGCUGGCUUAAAUGGUCGAACGCCUGGUUGCGCUCCCUUUUCUUUGCAUAUACAAAUGCCACUUUUAAUGAUCCAAAUUCAUCUCCAAGUGUGUGAAUGUAGGCACUAUUCCUAGUAGGCAUCAUUAAUAGGCAUUCGAUGCGCAAGAUGUCAAAUGUAACACUCAUCAGUCAUCAUUCUGGUGCCCUGUUACUAUCGAAGUUGCAGCGUCUAGCGCUUCAACGUCUAACCCUGCUCAUCCAUCUACAUUCAUGUAUAUUUUAGAUAGAAAUAAACAGAUGAGAGGAA